CCAAUGAACGCAGCUCUGUACAUAGUUGCGAUUGAGAGAAAAGCAAGGCAGGCUGGUAAAAUCGAAAAGCUCACAACUUAUAUCAGUUUCAGCCCAGCAUUUCGUGUGACGAGCGGACUGCGUAAACCUUGGCAACCUCUUGUACCGCGACAACAAUCAAUUAAGAACCACACAGCCUUUUUGGAUCCCUGCAGGCUCGAGAUUCAUUUUUCCUGACUCAGAAGCUGCAUCGACGCCUGCCAAAAUGAAGGCACUCAUCCUGACGACGGCGAAGCGGCAGGCUGUGAUCGAGGAGAUUCCCCGCCCCUCGCCCGGGCCUGGAGAGGUCCUCAUCCGUGUGCAAGCCGUUGCCCUCAACCCCGUUGACGAGCUCUACGUGUCGAAGCCGAUUGCGACUCAGGAGAAGCGGGUCGUUGGCACUGACUUUGCGGGCGUUGUCGAGAGCGCAAGCUCAGACCUGACCGACUCCGCCGACCCCCGAACGCGGCGUGGGACCCGCGUUGCUGGGUUUCUUCAGGGAGCCUGCUCUACCAAUGACCGCCCUGGCGCUUUCGCCGAAUACAUUGUUGCGCCCUAUAGUCUUAUUUGGGAACUCCCUGACAGUUUGUCUUUUGAGGCAGCGUCGACUGUCAGCAUGUGCGGACUUACAGCUGCCCAGGGUCUCUUUCCGCGGCUCGGUCUGCCAUGCCCAUUCGGUAACCUUGGUGGUACCUCUGGCGUGGGCAAUGAUCAGCAAACCCUGAAUGUGUUCCUCUACGGCUCCUCGACCUCGCUCGGCCUUUACGCGGCUCAAUUCGUCCAACUGUCGGCGUCGGCGUCGGGGCGGCGAAUCCGCCUCAUCGGGGCAGCCAGUGCCUCCAAGCACGACUUCCUGCGCGCGAAGCCAUACAGCUACGAUGUCCUCGUUGACUACCGCGAUACAGACUGGGUGGACCAGGUUAAGGCCGCGACUGGCGGCAAGGGCGCGGACCUAGCCAUGGACUGCAUUUCAGAACAGUCCACCAUAUACAAGACCGCCGAAGCUCUCCAUUCAUCCGCAAAACUCGCAGUGUUUCGCGGCCCCGCGGGAGGAGGCUAUGAUAUAGCAAAGGUCAAGGUGAAGCCCAUAUACGGCGCGGUAUGGGAGGGACUCGGUGUCGAGAUUGGAUACAAUGCUGGCAUCAUCCCUGCGAAUCCGGAGGCGAGAGAGUUUGCCACCCACUUCUUCAAUUUCCUCAGCUCGCAGGCGAGGGAGGAUAAGGUGGUGCUUGAACCGAACCCGGUGAGAGCCAUGCCUGGCGGGCUUGAGAGGAUUACCUUGGAUGGGUUCGCGCUGCUGGGCUCGGGGUCAGUGGCGUCGAGGACGGCUCUCAAGCGAGACGAGCCUUACAUGAAACCAAUCAGCGGCGAAAAGCUGGUUUACAGUAUCUAGCUUUGACUACCGCAGUCGCGUAUGAAGACAACUGGCC